AUGGAGGAAAACUCACCAACUCAUGCAAGAGGCAUGAUGGUCAUCCAUGACCAAGAUUGGAUCGGAAAACUUCCAGAUGCUAUUUUGGAGAAUAUCCUUUCGAGAGUGCACACUGAAGAAGCAAUAAGAACAACUGUCUUAUCGACACGAUGGUUGGAUCUGUGGAAGUGGAGUCCUCAUCUCGCUCUAGACAUGAGAAAGCUCGUGAAACCCACCGGCGCUUCUGUUCAUAUGGCUGAGGCAUUGACCAAGGUUAUAGAGAAGCACUGUGGCCACCUGGAGAGCUGCACCAUCCACCAUUACAUAUGCCAGACUGAAGAUGGUAGUCUCGAAAGUUUGAUCGACACAAUGAUUCGUGUGAAACACACCAAAGCUCUCACACUUGUAAACUGCGGGAGAAGUAGUGGAGAUAUUGAUCUCCACGUGCUUCCGCUUGCAUUUUGCCAUCAUAGCCUCACUUCAGUGUCACUUUCCGGGUACCAAGUAUUAAAUGGAAGUGCCUUCACCAAUUGCUGUAACCUUAAGACCCUCAAGCUGUUAAAAACCGUCUUCUUUCGGGGUAGAGGCCUUAGCCGUGUUUUUGAAUUUUGCCCAUCCCUCGAGGUGGUUGUAUUGGAUAUCAAGAGCCGCCGAAACCGACGUGGCGUUUUGAAGAUCGAGAACAAGAAUCUGAAGUUCUUGCAAGUGAUUUCCUGUCAAGGGAUUGAUAGGAUCGAAGUGUAUGCAGCUUCUCUUGCUGUUCUUGACAUCAGAUUUAUCAGUUGUGAGAGAGAGAAAUUCAUAUUGGCUGCCCCCAAAGUCCGGUUUAACAAAAACUAUUGGGUUCAUGCCGGUGUUCCUCACCCUCACUUGAGCUACAACAUAUCAGAACUCGCUCAGGAGGAAAAAGGAAUUUGGCAUGAGCUUAUGGUGAGCGAGUUUGGUGAAAAAAGACGUCAUGGAUCUUUAUCACUAAGUGUGGAUUUAACUAAUCUGAUAGAAGUGGAGAUACUGAAGGAAGUGUUACUUAUGUGGUCCACUAAUGCAAUGAAAGAGCUUGAGAUCUACUUCAAGAAAAACACUAAUGCUCCUCGACAAGAAGGUGAAGCACAUAAAUUGUUGUCGGAGGAUGAAAAUCCAUUCCCUAAUGCAGAGUUCUGCGUUGAAACCGUUUGGAUGUAUAACUUCAGCGGUUCAAGUGAAGAAGAAUUUGCGUUAGCUUCGCAUUUCGUGAAACAAAAGACGGUGACAAAGAAGAUGAUGAUCAAGACAUCGUGGUUGAAUGAUCAAGAGAAGCUAGAAGCAGAAUCAGCUGUGGCCAAGUUGAAUGAGCUUCCUAAAGGCAACCAAGGUUUGAGUAUCCAAUGGUUCUGA